AUGUUGCUUGAAAUAGCUACUCAAUUGACAAGAAUUGUUUUGAUUUUACUGAUGACAUUUGAAACAAUAGGCAAUGUUCUUGAUUUAAUCAUUUUUACAUGCCCUAGAUUUCUACUUUCGUCACGUACAUUAUAUUUUAUUGCUACUGCGAUUGAUAAUAUUCUAGCUAUAUAUCUAGCAAUACUUAAUAGACUUCCUAUUGAUGGAUUUUCUAUUGAUGUUAGAUCUAUCUCACCAAUACUGUGUAAAUUAAGACCACAUUUUGGCCAUAUGGCUUUAGCUUUAUCACCUUAUUUCUUUAUCUUAGCUUGUUUUGAUCGAUAUUGUUCCAGUUCACCAUCACCAACACAUCGUUCUUGGAGUAAUAAAACAACAGCUAAACGACGUAUUAGUGGAGUUAUUAUUCUAGUUGCUUUUCUUUAUGUACAUAUGCCAAUAUUUUUCGAAAUUCAAUCAAAUGGAACAAGUACAAUAUGUUUCCCUCAACAGGAAGUCUAUGAUUCUUUUUGGAGAAUAUUCUAUUUAAUUAUGUAUUGUUUUUUUCCAUCAAUUUGUAUGACUUCACCAACAUCAACAAAUGUAGGUGAUCUUCAUCGACGUCUUGAUCGUAAUUUAAUGAGACUAUUAUUUUCACAUUUUUUAACACAAAUAGCUUGUAUAUUAUAA